AUGGUGGAUGCAGCCGAAUGCGGCGUUAAGGUGAUGUGCCGAUUCAGGCCACUGAAUGAAUCGGAAAUAAUCAGAGGUGACAAAUACAUACCGAAAUUCAAAGGAGAAGACACCGUUAUCAUCUCGGGAAAGCCUUAUGUAUUUGACCGAGUUCUGCCCCCCAACACAACACAGGAACACGUUUACAAUGACUGUGCCAAACAGAUUGUUAAAGAUGUGCUGGGAGGGUACAAUGGAACCAUCUUUGCCUAUGGCCAAACCUCAUCAGGGAAAACGCACACCAUGGAGGGCAAGCUUCAUGACCCCCAGCAGAUGGGCAUUAUCCCACGUAUUGCCCAGGACAUCUUUGACCAUAUCUACUCCAUGGAUGAAAACCUGGAGUUUCAUAUCAAGGUGUCCUACUUUGAGAUCUACUUGGACAAAAUCAGGGACCUGUUGGAUGUUUCCAAGACCAAUCUGGCAGUGCAUGAGGACAAAAACAGGGUGCCCUACGUCAAGGGCUGCACUGAACGCUUUGUAUCUAGUCCUGAGGAAGUGAUGGAUGUGAUUGAUGAGGGCAAAGCUAAUCGACAUGUUGCCGUCACAAACAUGAAUGAGCACAGCUCCCGCAGCCACAGUAUCUUCCUGAUUAAUAUCAAGCAAGAGAAUGUGGAGACUGAGAAGAAACUUUCCGGGAAACUUUACCUGGUUGAUCUGGCUGGAAGUGAGAAGGUCAGUAAAACUGGAGCAGAAGGAGCUGUGUUGGAUGAGGCUAAAAAUAUCAAUAAGUCUCUCUCUGCUCUGGGGAAUGUUAUCUCGGCGCUGGCAGAAGGAACCAAAACUCACGUACCAUACAGAGACAGCAAGAUGACCAGGAUCCUUCAGGACUCGUUGGGUGGAAACUGUCGCACUACCAUUAUCAUCUGUUGCUCACCUUCCGUAUUCAAUGAAGCUGAAACCAAGUCUACCCUCAUGUUUGGCCAGAGAGCCAAGACCAUCAAGAACACAGUGUCUGUUAACAUGGAGUUAACAGCAGAGGAGUGGAAGAAGAAGUAUGAGAAAGAGAAAGAGAAGACCAGGGGUCUUAAACACAUCAUCCAGCGUCUGGAGAAUGAGCUGAAACGCUGGAGAAAAGGUGAAACAGUUCCAGUGGAGGAGCAACUCAGUGGCAAAGAGCAGAAGAAUUGUGAUGCCACACCCUUAAUUGAUAGCCUGGCCCCACCCCCUGCACCACUGUCUGACUCAGAGAAGACUCAGUAUGAAGAGUUAAUCAGUGAUUUGUAUCAGCAAUUAGAUGACAAGGAUGAUGAGAUCAACCAGCAGAGUCAGUUGGCAGAGAAGCUGAAAGAACAGAUGGUGGAUCAGGAUGAGGUAUUGGCAUCGACUCGGAGGGACUAUGAAAAAAUCCAGGAGGAGUUGUCACGUCUGCAGCUAGAGAAUGAGGCAGCAAAAGAGGAGGUGAAGGAGGUGCUGCAGGCCCUGGAGGAGCUUGCUGUCAACUAUGACCAGAAGAGCCAGGAGGUGGAAGAGAGAGGACGCAACAAUGAACAACUCUCAGAGGAGCUGAUGCAGAAGAGCGCAGCACUGGCGUGUGUUGAGAGGGAGUUGGCCCAGCUGCAGGAGUUGAGCAGCCACCAUAAGAAGAGAGCUGCAGAGAUCCUCAGUCUUCUGCUUAGAGACCUCAGUGAGAUUGGCAGUAUCAUUGGCACCAGUGAUCUGAAAGCUAUGAAUGAAGCAAAUGGUGUGAUUGAGGAGGAGUUUACCAUGGCAAGACUCUACAUUAGUAAGAUGAAGUCGGAGGUGAAGUCUCUGGUCAAUCGCAGUAAACAGUUAGAGAGUGCCCAGGCUGAAACUGCACGCAAGAUGGCAGCCAAUGAGAAAGAGUUGGCUUCCUGUCAGCUCCUGAUCUCCCAGCACCAGGCGAAGAUCAAGUCCCUGACAGACUACAUGCAGAACGUGGAGCAGAAGAAGAGACAGCUGGAGGAAAGCCAGGACUCACUGAUGGAGGAGCUGGCCAAGCUCCAUGCCCAGGAAAAGAUGCAUGAAGUCUCUGUGAUGGACAGGGAGAAGGAGCAUAUGAGCAAAAUGCAGGAUGCCGAGGAAAUGAAGAGGACUCUGGAGGAGCAGAUGGAGAGCCACAGAGAAGCCCACCAGAAGCAGCUCGCUCGUCUUCGUGAUGAAAUUGAUGACAAGCAGAGGACUCUGGAUGAGCUCAAAGAUCUGAACCAGGCUCUUCAGCUGGAACAGAAGAAGCUCAUCUCCGACUAUGACAAACUCAAACAGGAGGAGCAAGAAAAAGAUGAGAGGCUGCAAAAGCUCAUCAUGUUGAACGAGAAGAGGGAGCAGGCCAAGGAAGAUCUCAAAGGCCUAGAGGAGACUGUGGCCAAGGAGCUCCAAACUCUUCACAACCUGAGGAAACUCUUCAUUCAGGACCUCACCACACGAGUCAAAAGGAGUGCUGAGCUGGAUUGUGAUGAGUCAGGUGGUAGUCUAGCUCAGAAACAGAAGAUUACAUUCUUGGAGAAUAAUCUGGAGCAACUCACUAAAGUCCACAAACAGCUGGUGCGUGACAAUGCAGAUCUGCGUUGUGAGCUGCCUAAACUGGAAAAGCGUCUGCGUGCGACUGCAGAGAGGGUGAAGGCUCUGGAGGCUGCACUCAGGGAGGCCAAGGAGAAUGCUAUGAGAGACAGAAAACGCUACCAGCAGGAGGUGGACAGGAUAAAAGAGGCUGUGAGAGCGAAGAACCAGGCCCGGCGGAGCCAUAAUGCACAGAUUGCAAAGCCCAUUCGUGCUGGGCAUCAUCAUCAAGUAGCCCCUCCCACAUCAAGCUCUUCCAUCCGGGGAGGAGGGAGUAUUGAAUCACCAGAGUACUGGACGGGUCUUUUCUUCUUAAUCUUUAUCCAAGUUACGGUCAAAGUCCUGUCUCCAGAGUAG